AUGAAGAUCACCAUUGUUGCCUCUCUCCUCCUUACUAUCGCCGGUCUAGCCGCCGCUUCUCCCCUGGCUCAGCCUGAUGAUGUCCCGAUCGUCGCUGUCGAACCUGAUAAUGGCCCAAGCAUCACUUCCAAACCUGGGGCUAGCUGCUCAGGAUCUGGCCGUGUUACCUGCAGCUUCAGCGAUGGGCAGCGGGAUCAAUCAUAUCAACAAGCACUCCAUCCUGCAGCCAGACAGGAGGCAUUCAAGAACUCUACUAUUAAGAAUGGAUUUAAAGGCACAGGUCUAGUACUGUAUGAGCCGAAUGAGAUUUUUUUACACAUCUACAUACUCAGCUUCAUACUCCUACUCUCAGACACUUCUCAUGGAUCUGAGUCAUUCUAUACUCCUCAAAUGCCUAAGAAUGUGAGGCAGUUAGAACUUCAAAGCAGCAAGAUCAAGCAGUGUAUGGAGCUGCUGUACAGUUUCGACCAAUCGAGUCUUUAUCAGUCGAUUAAGAGAUGCCAGCUGGCCACGUAUAGUGCUGCUAUUUUAGCAAAGAAAAAUAAAGAGCUGAGAGCUGCAGGUUGA